AUGCUCUUAGAAAACGAUAAUUUUUUAACAGAAUUAACAAAAUUAUUUCAACAACAACGUGUAAAAAAUUCUGGUUCAUUAUCAUUAGUAAUGAAACGAUAUGAUGGACGAACGAAACCAAAACCAAAAUUAACUAAAAAACAACGUCUUGAAAAAAAACCAUCCUCUAUAAAUCAUCCAACAACUCAUGAAGCUGUUGUUGAAUAUAAAUGUCUUGUACGUGCAGUAUAUGGUUCAAAAAAAUUAUCAACUAUUGUUUCAUCAAAAGACAUAAAUCGUUUUCAAUUGGCAUAUUCGAAUUUAUUAAAAGCAAAUAUGGAUACGUUGAAGAAAAAAGCUAAAGAAAAUAAAGCAGCAGGUCAAACAUCUACUAAUACAAAUAGUAAUGUUCCAUUAUCACCAAGGGUGACAACAACAACAACAACAGCAUCAUCCCCAUCAUCUGUUUCUAAUCAACAAAAGAAAACUCCAACAGCACCAGCUAAAAAAAAAUAA